AUGACCAGCCCCAAUGCUGAAAAAUCAGAGGCUAUCAAGAAAGCAGAUGAAGUAGGUCAGGUAAUGUGUAAUCUAAUUGCUCCUUCCGAUGGAGAUAAACUCUUCCAAGCAGUUGUCAGUCAAUACAAGGGUGAAUCUGGUGACGAAGGUUUGCAAGUCCUCGUAGCUGAAACUCAAAUUGUAAGGAUUUACGCGAGCAGAUUCACGGCAGGGGAGCUUAAAGAAAUCCAUAGGCCAUUUGAAAAAGUCUCUCACAGACAAAUAAAGAAGGCAAGAACUCAGGCAAAUAUUGAAGGUCUUGGCCUAAGUGGAAAGAAAAUA